CUUUUGGCAUCUACUUAUUUUGGUUUUGUUGAUUUUAUUUCUUUUUAAGAAUUACUUAAGAUCAUCAUUAAUUGUACGUCUAUGUUGAAUCAUAUUAAACUUAUUUAACCCUUUGACAGUCCCACAAUUUUUAGAAAAUUCACAGACCCAUACAGGGACUUUCAAGACAGUUUCAAAUGUAGAUACUGUUAUUCACCGUAUGAAAUUGUCAAUCCACAUCGAUCUUACAUUUCAUUUCCAUCAAAAUAGUUUUUAAUUUCUUCAGCAUGAUUUUCAACACUUCACCUGUCAACUGCUGAUGCGAUUCGGCUUCAAACCCCGUGGAAAAAAAAACGAUGGCAUCAGGCCGAUGAAGUAUAGAAAAUCAUGUUGAAGAACUUAAAAAGUUUUUUUGUUGGUUGAAAUUAUUCGAAAGUGACUUGGAAAACCCUGUAAUCAAAUAAUGACACAAAGUUGACAAAAGAAAAUAAUUUUGGCCCGUUCUGUAAAACGUUUCUUUUUUGCGAUACAAACACAUAAGACGAUAUGCAAUAUGUGUCAUUCGGCCUCAGCAUAAUUUUUCGAUCAAUUCUUUUGCGAUGACAUGAUUGCAAAAAAUGUAGAAUGAAUGUCAUUUGACAUUUUUCAUGAGACGCCAGAACUGCUUAAUCGUGCAUUUACUGAUACUUAGCCAUUAGACCAUUUGAUAUUUUCACUCAGUCAACCAGGAAAAUAGUGUUCGCUUACAGGAGUAUAGAAAUUCACCCGAAAACACGAAAAAGGACCCAUUUUCGAUGAAGAUCUAGUUCACUUGAGGUACGGCAAAAUCAAAAAGUCAAAUGAAUGUAGCAGAAAAAUAUCAUCGUGUCAAAUGAUAUUUUUUCCGUGAUUGUCGAAUGAAUGCGUGAACCUAGAAUGCGAUGCUUCAAAAAGUGUCAUUUUGUAAAAUUUUAUAUCGACGACUAUCACUGUUCGUAAUACUGUCCGCGAGGCAUUGUGCUGCGGAAAAUAUCGAAUAUCGGAAAAAUGCCAUAAAUCAAGGUUGAUGUUUUUGAAAAACGUUAUGCAAAACCAAGUUGGUAAAUGUGUUGGUUCUUUUUCCAUAUUUUGGGUGAUAAAAAAUCAUUUGUUAAAUUAAAAAAAUGGUUUGCCUACACUAAAUACCGAACUCGAUGGGAAUCGACUUCAUGUAGGAGUAUGAAAGAAAUAAUUAUACUCGGCCUCAGCACAAUUUCUCGAUCUAAAAAUUCGAUAGGCGCUCACGUAAAACUGACAGUAUAACUAUUUCCUUUCAGUAAAAUGAACUCCUUGGCGGCGAAAUGAGUGUCAAAUGACACCAAAACGACAGUCGGAUCAAUCGAAUUUUUUCUAUCGAAAAAUUGAGCUGAGGCCGACUGUCAGUUUUACGUGAGCGCCUAUCGAUUUUUUUCGAACGAAAAAUUGUGCUUAGGCCGAUUAUAUUAUAUUGUAUAUUUGUAUAUUUAUUAAAUGAUCGACGGACCUCAUAAGCCCUCUCGAUAUAUGUAAGGGUACAAUAGGAAUAUAACAAAAAUAGUCACACGCGUUACAAUAACACAAUAAUAACAACAAUAACAAUUACAAGGACGCUAAAGACCAAAUCAUUGUUAUCAUUGUUUUAUCUCCUUCACCCUCCCCCCACGCGACGAUUUAAUCGAAACGGAGAACAAAGGAACAGCCCGGAAAAAUCUCACUCGGGAAAAUCUUUUAAAGGGUUGAAGACUGAUUUCAUAGACUAACAGAUAAAAUUCUUAUUGAUAGUGAAACCAGACAAUAUCUCAAGGUUGUUGGGAUAUUCUUCAAUAUUUGUUUUUUAACCUAUUACAACCACUGUGUCAACAAAUCUACCGAACUUUGUAAGCGUAUGAUCAUGAGCGUCGUUUGAAAAAAGAUUCAACCUAAUGUAGGGUUUUACAAGUCAGAAUCGAAUGUCUGCAAAACAAUUUCAGUAGUAAAAGAUUCAGUUUAGUAGUUAAAAGUUUUUGUUUGACCGCACCGAUGCUAUUUUUCACAGGGGCAAUAUGAUUUUUCAAACGCGCAAGGUGUUUUUUUUUCAGAGGUCUUUUGCAUGAUUUUGCAAAUUCAAACACGGAUUUUGAGAUUAUAGGAUUGAGAUCAGUGCUUUAUCUCUUUAAGAAUUAUAUUUUUGAAAUAUUAUGUAUUUAUUGUUAAAAUAACUGUUAUUGUUGAUAAUGGGAAAAAAACAUCGAAUGCCAGCCCAAGUGUCAAGCGGUGCCAUUAAUCCACAUUAAGGCUCGACUGAUGGGGUGAAGGUCGAGCAAUUCGCAAACCCGCGAAUUCGCGAUGAUGGAAAGGUAUAAAUUGGAAAAAUUGCAAAUCAUUCUCUUUCCCGAAAUUAACGCCCGAUUAGAAACAGUGGAAUUUGUUUAAGCACUUGUGUUAAAAACUCCUUUACAAUAUCACCGUUACGUACUGCUAUAUUUGAAAUCGAUAAAGUGGAGUUAAGAAAACGUUAACCGUCGCGAGUGAUUCAUUUCGGACGUUGCUUCUCUUAUUUUUCUUUGGCACACAACAACUGCUGUCGGUCAAGGCCUGCCUGUACCCACUUCGUGAAGUGAGCUUGGCUUUCAGUGACUUAUUGCCAGCGCCUACACGCGUGGUCCAAAACAGCAGAAGUCACACAAAAUCAUGAAAAAGUCUGCGCCCUUUUGUUCCGGCGUCCUCGUGAAGUUUACCGAGCCGAACCGAAUAGUUGUGUUCGAUAAACAUGUGUGCGUAUGAGGUAGCACCAUUUGUACUGCUUACCUGCUGUAUGCUGUUGUGAUACCGAGCGAGGCGCAAAGACAACGCGUCUAGAGGACAUGUGUAGCCGUGAGGAAUCUUUUCUGUGUCUCUUUUGCCUUGUCCUUGCCUUUAGAUCCUGAUGAGUACAUCAUGCGUACCUUUCGUGUACGUUCGGGGUAUAAACCCUGUCUCUCUCAUGUUAAUGGUAAAAAUAGAAUCGUAUGCAAUAGGCUCUGCAUUCGGGCGUGGGCAGGCCCGUGGGUGCCGUUUGUACGCAGACACUGUUACCAUAGCAGGAUAGUCAGUCCUACGUAUGGGGGCACGGUCUAUUCGGGACUUGAACCCAUGACGGGCAUGUUGUUACGUCGUACGAGUUGACGACCAGACCGGCCCAACCGGACGUUGCUAACGCAACAUUAAAAAAAACAACAAGUUUUGUAACUUUACACGUUUACUCGAUUGCGUGAGUGAACCGUGUCGUAAGACAGUUAAGGCCGCGAAACACCUAGGAGCGCGACCAACAGACGAUACGUCGGACGGCGAGAGAAUAGUUGAGGUGCAAGUUACACAUUACACUAACAUACGUAAUUUCUCACUAUGGAACACGAGCACGAAUUGAAAGCACCUCCAGCGGUAGCACAAACGAACGAGUCUCAGCAACCCGAAACGGGAGCACUGGAUCAUAGGCCACUUGCACCGGUCGUGGAUUCACUUCACUUCCGAUCGUUCGCGCCGACUGGACAAGCUUGGAUGGUAACCUCGUCUUUGGAGAGCGUUGACCACUCAAGGUCGCACGCAUCAUUAGGUGCAGUUUUGUUGCUGAGGGGACCGCAGCAUAGAUUGACUUCGGAGGUCCGCGAAGUUUCUGCAUCCGCGUGCCACGGGCAGCGGUCGGUGCAUCUGGAGCGGCCACCGCGGACGUGCAACAACCAGCGCCAUCGCAGAGAUGCGCUUCGGCAGGAACCGUGCCACGGGCAGUGGACGUUGAAUCUGGAGCGGUCAUCGAGGACAUUGAACUACCAGCGCCAUCGCAGGACGGCGCUUCUGUGGGAACCGUACUGCGGACGGCCAUCCCGGAACGUUCAUCAGCCAACGCCAUCGCACCACACACCCGGGAGGACGAUGGCGGACAAGCAUGCGGAGUCGAGCGGAGCUGUUUGUGCCUUGGAACUUCGGAUGUGGAAUUUGACUCGACGAAAGCUGGAGCUUGAGAUACGAGAGCUGGAAUUUGAAGAGCAGCUGAUCUUGGCUGAAUCGAGGAGGAUCAGCGACGGGUUCAUCAGCAUGAUUGACGACGAAGCCCGUACAAGUAAAUCUGAACCACAUGCUUUGUCCAGCACUGAAAGAUCCUUUCGAAGGCUCCAACUACCGUGUUUAUGCUGUGUUCCAUGAGGCAAUCCUAUGCACACUAC